GUUUGAACUCGUUCGCGGGAGUUAAUCAGGAAGUGACGCUGUAGCAUCGCCUGAGCUGCAUAGUCUGGGCUGUUUUCAGCGUUGUUUGUAUUUUAAAGUGUGUUUUUAAUCAUUUUCCGAGUGAAUGAUGGAGUCUGUGUGCGGCAGCAUCGCGGCUGUUGCAGAUAAAGCGGCGAGUCGGAUGCAGAUCUGCAGAGCCGAGUACAGAGUGAUCGGGCGAUUCAUAGAGCAGCUGCGACCCACACGACAGUGCAUGAAGACACUGCAGACACAGUUCCCACAUCUUCCUCCGUCCACUCUUCUGAGCAUCUUCUCCCAGGAGUACCAGAAGAGAAUGAAGCGCAGCGUGGUGAGACAUCACACUCCUGAUGUGGUCAAAGCAUACUAUCAGAGGUACCGCAGCGAAGCCAAGACACGUCCGACGGCCCCGCUUCUGCUGGAGCUCGCCAACCAGGUGGACCUGUCUCCGGCUCUCCUGGCCCGUCUGAUUGUGGAGUGUUUUCUGGAAGAGCACGAGGCUUCAGUCCCAGCGUCCAGACACGUCCUCAACAACAUGCUGCGCGAGCCGUAUUUAAUUCCAGACCUGCUGUUAGCGAAGCACGUUGAGCAGUGCACAGUAAAUGACUGCUGUUAUGGACCGCUGGUCGACUGCAUCAAACAUGCCAUCGGUCUGGAGCAUGAAGAUAUGCUACGAGACAAACUCAGAGAGAGAAACUUGUCCUUUUUAGAUGAGAACCAGCUCCGUGCCAAGGGCUACGACAAAACCCCUGACAUCAUUCUGGAGGUGCCCAUAGCUGUUGAUGGUCAUAUAGUUCACUGGAUUGAGAGCAAAGCUUCCUUUGGAGACGACCACAGCCAUCACACUUACCUGAACGAGCAGUUCUGGAGCUACUGCAACAGGUUCGGUCCCGGCCUGGUCAUCUACUGGUAUGGCUUCAUAUCUGAGCUGGACUGCCAGCGGGACAGAGGGAUCCUGCUGAAAGACGGCUUCCCCUCGGACAUCGUAACCCUGUGUCAGGGGCCGGCGCGGAGCUGAGUCUGACCCGUCACGGGGCCGUUUGUUGGUGUGGAUGUGAAUCCGGAAGCAAUUUAGCUUUCCUGCAGCGCGAGACUCCUGGCAAACAUCUGCCGUGAACUCCGGCUGAACUCCAGCGGCUCGGGGGAGAAAACACGGCGCCUCAAAUCCUGCCGAGAGGCCAGGUAACGCGCGCCGCUCUUAUCUGCCCUCUGAGCGCCGGACAGAGCGGAGUUUGCUCAGAGACGUCCAUGGGUGAGGGUUUGGGAUUGUUUGCGUUCAAUAAUAAAGUUGUGAAUUCUCCAUA